AUGUCGCAGAAAAGUGUUCUCAAUAUCGUUAUGGGGGCAAUGACAUUCGGUGCGGAAGGAAAAGAGGGGGCUAGAGUCCAUAACAUAAAAGAUGUAGAAGCCAUUCUAGACGUGUUCCAAGCUCACGGUCAUACCGAGGUGGAUACAGCACGAGUGUAUGCAGGAGGUACGAGCGAGGAGUACCUUGGUCAGAUCGACCACAAGGCUCGCGGCUUGAAGAUCGAGACGAAGCUUGUACCGUUCAAGCAACUCGGGAUGAGCCAUGAUCCAGAGGGCUUGAGAAGGAAUCUUCUGGCGUCCAAAAAGGCACUGAAUAUCGAUUGCCUUGAAAUGUGGUACCUCCACGCUCCCGACCGGACUGUUCCAUACGAAAUCACAUUAAAGGCAGUCGACGAACUCUACAAAGAAGGUCACUUCAAGCGUUUUGGCAUCACAAAGUCGUCACCCCUUAGCUGGGAAGUCGCCGAGAUCGUAGGUAUAUGCAAGGCAAACGGUUACAUUCUACCCACGGUGUACCAAGGACUCUACAACGCUAUUCAUCGCAACGUCGAACCUGAACUCUUCCCUUGCCUUAGAAAAUUCGGGAUUGCUUUCUAUGAGUUCAACCCUCUCGCUGGUGGGUUCUUCACCGACAGGUACCUCAGUCCUGAGACACAGGUUGAGAAAGGAUCGCGCUUUGACCCUGAGAGAAUUCAAGGAAAGGGAUACAGAGACCGGCAAGUCCGCUCGUUGACAUACUGGAACGAUGCAUACUUUGAAGCGCUGGCAUCCAUUAAAAAGGUUGCCGACGCACACAAGCUGACUCUUGCUGAGAUUUCUUUACGCUGGGUCUCCCACCACAGCCUCAUGAAACGCGAAUACGGAGACGCGAUCUUGAUUGGAGCUUCGAGUCUGAAGCAUAUCGAGCAGAACCUCGUCGACCUUGAGAAGGGGCCUUUACCCGAGGAGGUCUUAAAGGCUUUGGAUGACGCCUGGCUCAAAGUAAAGCCUUACUCUACUCGAUACUACCAUUAG